GCCAACUAUGUGAAAUGUCAAAGCAGUAUUUUUUGUAAAUAAAUGGGGAAAAACCGUUGAAAAUAAAGAGAAAAUACUCAAGGAACUUAACCUAGCAAAUCUCGCUGGUGUUUAAUUAACUUAUUUUAAUGUGUGGUAGUAAUUUUAGAAUAAAAUAUGGAGCCAAUCGUUGACUAACCAAUAAAAAAAUUAAAAAUUACCAUAGCAUUUGCUACUGCGAUCCGUACAAAACCAGAGGAAAGACAGUACAAAUAAUCUCAAAGUAAAAAUGACUACCAUUGAGUACGAUCUAGACACCUCUGGGGGUCUGAUGGACCAAAUUCAAAUGCUGAUAGCUCCUCCACAAAGCGAUGAGCCCAAGGAGAAAUGCAAAAAACCUUCGGCCGAACACCCGUACUAUAAGAGACCCGGUAAGGGUCAUAACCAUGACAGUUGUGACGCUUGUAGCGAGGGAGGAGCAUUAAUAUGUUGUGACAAAUGCCCGUCUAGCUUCCACUUGGGCUGCCAUGAUCCACCCCUGGACCAACAAGACAUACCUCGCGGCGAUUGGCUUUGUCACUCUUGUAAAUACGCUAAGAAUCACAUUUCGGUACCUGAGUUGAGAAGUAAAAGAUCUAACAGUACUCCUACUCCGGCUAGUACCUCUGGGUUAAAACCGGCAAAAAAGCUAAAGCUUAGUGCUAUUGACAUGCUGAUUGAAGCAGCUAAUUCGAUGAACCCCAGGCAGUUUGAACUGCCUAGAAGCAUGAGUUUCCCUUGUAUAUUUCCAGGAACCGACAAAGUGGAGAUACCUUAUUCUAAGACAGGCCGAAAAAACGGGAAAAUUAAGAAGGACCACGUGAAAGGACCCAGCGGUAUAAUACCGUUACCGGCAAAAAAGUGCAGCGAAUGUAGGAAAUCGUGCAGGAUAGCGCCGUUGAUAUCUUGCGACUUUUGUGAACUUUUCUAUCACUUGGAUUGUCUGGAUCCUCCCUUAACGUCGCCCCCUUCUGGUAGGUGGAUGUGCCCUAAGCAUGUGGAACAUUGCCUGGACAUGAAACUCCUCACAUCGAUUUCCGCUACGGAGAGGGUGAAGAUAUGGGACAAAUUCACCGGUCCCGUGGAUCAGGACUCCGUGAAGUUGGAGUUUUUUAGGAAAAUCCACAGGAAGAACCCCCCCUUCCGGAUAAAAGUACCCUUGCCGCCUAAGAACACGGUUACUGUGCCGGAGAUGGUGAGGUACCACUACAAAAAACCAGUUAACCUGCUGCCAAGAUUGAGGGACGUGUUGAGGCUGGAGUGCGUGAACAGGAAGCGUGACGAGGAGUGUGAGGCGGUGGAAGAAGUGAAAACGGAGGAUAUCGAAGACUGCAUAGAAGAUAGUGUGAAAUCGGAACAGGAUGGUGACAGGAACAAUACGGAGAGUGAAUCUAAUUGUGAUAUAGUUAAGGGUAAUCAAAAAACGAGUAAACGGCACGAACAUUUAAAUUCGAACUCAGAGGGGAGCAGUAAUAGUUUGUCGGACAGUGUUGAGUGGACGCCGGUUAACGGUUAUGUGAAAAACGAACACUUGAACGGCGGCUACUUCGAGAAGGAGUUAAUCAAGAAGGAACACAGUUUUAUAUCGGACAUGAUAUCUGGGAUGACCAUGGAAAUGGAGUUGGAGUUGAGGCAACUGGACGACAGACUCCUCAAGCUUCUGGCUUAUCAGCGGAUCCAGCAGCUGGUCAACACCCCCCCGUCCCCGAACAACCUCUUCUCGGCGAGUCUGAAGGAGAAAUUCCGUCAAAUGCCGCUGCCCAGCGAACUGCUCACCCCCGCCGACAUCGACAGGAUAUCGAGGGUCUUCUCCAGCCCCAAAAAGAAAACCAAGCCGAAAUCUACCAUCCGAGCCCGUGCCAUGCUCUGCCCUGUCGUCUCUAAGCACUUCUACAACGUGAGGACGACGGAGGUCGACCCGACCGAGGUGAGGCACGAUGCCAGCUUCAUGGGCUUCCGACCCACCGUGUCGGCCAGGUUCCCUGAGGCGGUCGCCAUGCGGUACAGGGUGCUGAACGUGGGCAAGGGCUCGGCCAACGACGUCGACCUGGAGAAGUUCGGUUACUGCAACUUCAUCGUUCCCAAGCACGCCGUCAUCUUCUACGACGAGUACACGAAGCACUACGAGCUGAUAAACUACUCGCCGUAUGGGACGUACGUCAAUAACGUGCUGUAUUCCAACAACGUGUCGGCGAAACGUUCGGAGGCGAACGUUUCGACGGACGAGAAGAGUGCCAACGUGGAGAUGCAGGUGAGGGAGAUAAUCGACAAGAAGAGGAAGAUCAGCAGGGCCAGGAAGAGCUCGUUCGAGAGCAAGAUGUCGGCCGUAGACUGCAUUGACAAGAUGGAGUGUUACUGCUCCAACAAUCCCGAGGAACUGAAGAAAGGUUGGGAGGGAUCCGCCAUACUGAACCACGGUUCGUUACUGAGAUUCGGUUGUGUUUCUUUUGUGUUUUCGAUCGUUGAAUGUACAAAUAUGUAAGUUAUGUCCCUGUAAAUAAUAAGUUAAGGUUAUUUUUUGUAAAUUGAUUGUAUAUUUUUCUUCGAAAUGGCAUAAUAUUAAAUAUUAAAGUAUAAUUUUUUAAAUAAACGUCAGCAAAUAUUUAAACUAUCUUUUAUUUGGUACCCAAGUCGCCCCGUAUAAA